CUCCCACAGUGACUUAUACGCGGCGAAGCCGUCGUUAUCGCCGCAGGAAAAUCUAAAAAAAAAACGCGAUUUCCUCUCCGCACAAUUACAUGCACAGCUACUCCAGUGCGGAUUCGCGCGUCUAUCAGUUGUGCGGCCGCGCGAGAGAGUAGUUUUGCACACAGCGAUGCAGCAGCGUCGAGAAAACGGCUGCAGCAGGAGCCACGACGUCUUCGCCGGUCUGUAUCACCAGGGCCAGCUCGUUCGUCAGGAAAAUGCGAUCGUGACCACCGAAGCUGUUUUCUGAUUUUCGUCCGGGCAUCAGUACGAGCGUAGGGACGAGCCAGGCGUGUACUUAGCGGAGGGCCGACAUAACCUCAAAGAUCGGGGAGAGAUUUGUUUUUAUUUUAGCGAAGGGGAUACGUUGUUUAAGAGAGGCCUAAUUUGUUGGUGAAAAAAGGUGUGCAAGAUGUCGUGCGCCAGCGAUCUGUCCAAGUCGCACGAGUAUCAGAGCUUCCGGAGCUCUGUUCCGCUCCGAAAAAUAGUCGUCGACGCCGACGGUAUGAAGGGCUGGAAAGUAUAUGACUCAAACCCAAAGACUAUCAAGUGCCCACUCAUUUGUCUUCCUCCCGUAAGCGGAACAGCUGACAUUUACUUCAAACAAAUUCUAGGCCUAUCAGCUAAAGGAUAUAGAGUUAUAUCUGCAGAACCUCCUGUCUACUGGAAUGUAAAGGAAUGGUGUGAUGGUUUUAAAAAACUAUUAGAUUAUAUGGAAUUAGAUAAGGUGCACUUAUUUGGAGCUUCGCUAGGUGGUUUUCUUGCCCAGAAAUUUGCAGAAGUUAAUGCACACUGUCCAAGAGUUGUCUCGCUCAUCCUAUGUAAUACCUUCACUGAUACGUCCGUAUUUAGCUACAAUGAUUCUGCAGCUGUAUUUUGGAUCCUUCCAUCACUGGUAUUAAAAAAAAUGGUGAUGGGAAAUUUCGAGACAGAAAAAUUGGACGGCGAAAUGAUCGACGCUAUCGAUUUUAUGGUUGAAAGGCUGGAGAGCCUGACUCAGCCAGAGCUAGCGUCCAGACUAACAAUGAACUGCGUAAGUUGCUAUGUCCAGCCUCAAAAAAUUUGUCAAUUGCCAAUUACGAUAAUGGAUGUAUUUGAUGAAUAUGCUUUAUCAAAUGAUGUGAGAGAAGAAAUGUACAAGUGUUAUCCCAAUGCUAAACUUGCACAUAUGAAGAGCGGCGGUAAUUUUCCAUACUUAAGCAGAUCUGCAGAAGUAAAUUUACAUCUACAGAUUCAUUUAAGACAGUUUGAUGGAACAGAAUAUGCUGCCUCUAAGAGAGAUCCUGAAGCCGACGUGUAUACGUGAAUUUGACGAUCUCGAGAAAAUUGUGAUUCAACUAUGCGCUGUACUUUGAUAUUUUUACAAAAUGCCCCAUUUCCGUGCAUAUGGCACGUUUUUAAUCAUAAAGAAUGAUUCAUUGAUUAUUGAAAAUUUAAAGGAAAAUGCUAUGAUGACAAUGAGCCACCCAACAAAUUUUUUACCUAAAUCUUAUCUAAUUAAGUCAAAGUAAUGUAUUUUAAAAACAUCGAAUAUGUUAGUCAUUUUAUAUUUUUAAUAAGCAAUGAUUAGUAAUAGCUAUUUCAUAGGAAGAUUUAUAUUCAAUCCUAUAAAGUCAAAUUUAUGCACUGUGAACCUUUGCUAAUGAUUUCGUUAUAUUUUUUUGUAAUUUUUAAUUAUAUUUUUAUUGUUUUUAAAUGAUUCUGUUUUAUUGUAUCAGUUAUGUUAUUAUUGCAAUAUACUCAUACGGAAAAGCAUUGGUAUUGACAAUUUCUUGCAAGUGCAAUACUUAAAUUUUUGUACAAUGUAUAUGUGAAUGAGAUAAAGUCUUACUUUGUAUAAGAUUUAGAAUUACGACGUGAACGUUUUACAAGCAGGUAGAGUUUACUGAUUAUUUGUUCAGGGGCCAAUUUGCGCAAGCGUAUAUCGUAUACUGCGAAUAUUUUUAUUUGUCUCGCGCGUCUUGCCUGCAUAUUAUAUUAUAAAGUGUACUUUUAUAAACAUAAUUAUGCAAUGUAAAAAAAUGAGAUCGACAAUGUUAAGUUAUACUAAGCUAAAGUAUAGCGUUAUUUUCACGUAACUAAUCAAGGUUGUUCCUACGAUGAUUUUAUAUUUUAUUUACUAAUAUAAUAAACUAUCGUUUAAUUUGAUACUAUCGUAGCUUAAAAUAUUUAUAAAUUGAUAUAAAAAAUAAAGCCAACUCAAAAUUAAA